UGUGUGUUUCACCUUUAGUACUUAAGCUGUCAAGUCUUACUACCCACACUUGAUGCAAACAAACUUUUUUCUAAAAUGAUGAAAAUAACUAAAUUUAUGAUUUUAUAAGUAGAAUGAAUGUAAUUCACCAGAUGGAAUGUUUAUUCUCAUGAUUUCUCAACCAUGUCCGAAACAGCGGGGGAAAUUUGUAUAUUCACGACUAACAUAUUCACAAACCCUACUCAAAAAAAUGGAAAGUUUUGACACAAUGCAGGGUUUGACACACGUCCGACCGACCGAGUCUACUAAAUGAUAGGUCCGGUCGGGUAAAAUGUCGAUAAACUAGUCCGACUGGUCGUGUUGAAAAGAUGAAUAAGAAACUUUACUUUAAACCAUAAAAUAUUUUAUUCUUAACCCCCCCCCACCCCCCCCCCCACCCCCCCAAUACCUGUUAAGAGUUUUCGAGCAAUUUUGAACCGAUUGAUGACAUAAUCUUUAUUUUCAGUUCUACUAUAUUAGUGACUGUCGGAAUUGAUGUUUUAGGACAUUUAUUCAAAUACUUUGAAUGUUAAAGGGACUGGUUCACGUUGAACAGAAAAAAAGGAAAAGGUUGGGAUGAAACAAAGCAGGGCUUAUGAAAUAGAAAAAAAAUAAAACGGUUGAGGUCAUUUUAUUUUAGCAAAUGGACCUAAUGAAUUUCUGCGCCGGAUAGAAUUUAAAGAAACAGAAAAUGCGUUUAAUUGAAAAUAAAAUCAUCAAAUUGAAUUACGAGACUUUUUUUUUUUUUUAGAGACUAUCAAAUACUUUUAAUUUCAAACUUCAUUUAAAUUAGGUAUUUAUAUAUGAAGAAAUCCCCAGGGUUUUUUUCUGGAAAGUUGGUCAGGGCUAGUGGAUGCAAGGUCAGGUCUAUUAAAUAUCAUUUGAAGUAGCCCGACUGGUCUAGUGCUCAAAAAAGUAAAUGUCAAACCCUGCAAUGGAAUUCCCACAACCCCUCUUUCUUUUUGGGAUGUUUCUUCUUCACAGUAGGAUACACGUUAAGACCUUGUGAUUUGAAUUUGACUUCUGAAAAUCUGAGUGGUAUAAUAAUAAUAAAUAAAAUUUGUAUAGCGCCUUAUAUAAAACAAAUUACUCUAGGGUGCUUUACAAGGGUAGCUGUGAGAAAAGCAACAAGAAAAAAAACAAAAAAACCAAAAGAAUUAAAUGACAGUAUGUCAUAAAUCUUACAUCUAUCAAAUGAUGAAAAUAAAAGAUUAUUAUUAAAAUCGAUAGUUAGAGUUGGUUAUUUUUUGUAUGUGAUUAUAUAUACAAUAAAGUAUUUCUUUUAGAUAUAAAAUACAUUAUAAUUAUGACAAGAAAACGACGUAGAGACGCUUUCUCAUUUUAUUGUUUGAUUACCUCUGGUGGACAUUGAGAAAUUGUACCCCGGUCACAAAUAACUUUAUAAUGUAUGAUGCCCAAAGCAAGUAAUCAUAGGUGACAGAGGAAAUCUCGGCUUUCUGAUUUAAAUGGGUGACCGUGUAAUUUUAAUGACUGACUAUUGAGAUAGGCAAUACGGUGGAUAGACACAGGCACGGUUUUCUGUAUUGACUCUAUAUUGGAUAUUGACCCGAGUAUAACCGAUAUGUCUGAUUCUCUCGGCAAUAUUUGCAUGACUAUGUUAAGCCCCUGUCAUUUUUCAAAUUGACUUAUGAAAAAUUCAUAGCCGGGCAGAUUUGGAGCUGAGUGCUUUUGUGUCGCAAUCUCCAGGGUAUGAAACAGGGCCAUAAGCCCAAAAGACAUCCUGUGUAUAAAAUCGACUGUCCUUGUAAAUGUUACUCAGAAUAUCUGAUUGUGUGCUAAUGUGUUUUGUUAUCGUAAUAUGGCGAUCAUUUUCCUAUCUGUUUUGGUAUUUUGUGUUUUUUCAUGCUACCUUUUACGAUAUGAUUUAGGAGGUGAUGUUUAUCAUGGGCCUGAUAGAGUGGAGUAUUGGGCUUACAGUGGCUUUAUAAAAUAUAAAAAUGAUUGCCGUGCUUUUGAUGGCAUCGUGUAACAUAGUAGAAUGGAGAUGUACAGAGUAUUGAAUUGUAGAAUAAAUGCAUAAGAUAACAUUAUUAACUACGCAAGAUUUCAGAUUAUUUCCCAGAUUUAUCUAUUCCACUGUCAGAACAGAUAAAGAUUGUAAUGCCAUUGUUGUGUAGUAUGGAUGUAUACUGUCUAUGAUGAGGGGAGUGUAGUAUGGCUGUAUACUGUGAUGGGAGGAGUGUAGUAUGGCUGUAUACUGUGAUGAGGGGAGUGUAGUAUGGCUGUAUACUAUGAUGAGGGGAGUGUAGUAUGGCUGUAUACUAUGAUGAGGGGAGUGUAAUAUGGCUGUAUACUAUGAUGAGGGGAGUGUAGUAUGACUGUAUACUAUGAUGAAGGGAGUGUAGUAUGGCUGUAUACUAUGAUGAGGGGAGUGUAGUAUGGCUGUAUACUAUGAUGAGGGGAGUGUAGUAUGACUGUAUACUAUGAUGAGGUGAGUGUAGUAUGACUGUAUACUAUGAUGAGGGGAGUGUAGUAUGACUGUAUACUAUGAUGAGGGGAGUGUAGUAUGGCUGUAUACUGUGAUGAGGUGAGUGUAGUAUGACUGUAUACUAUGAUGAGGGGAGUGUAGUAUGGAUGUAUACUAUGAUUAGGGGAGUGUAGUAUGGCUGUAUACUGUGAUGAGGGGAGUGUAGUAUGACUGUAUACUAUGAUGAGGGGAGUGUAGUAUGGCUGUAUACUAUGAUGAGGGGAGUGUAGUAUGGCUGUAUACUAUGAUGAGGGGAGUGUAGUAUGGAUGUAUACUAUGAUGAGGGGAGUGUAGUAUGACUGUAUACUAUGAUGAGGGGAGUGUAGUAUGGAUGUAUACUGUGAUGAGGGGAGUGUAGUAUGGAUGUUAGAAUACUCACUUUCUCUUUUUGUCUUUCUUUCUCUCCAUCUCUCUCACUCUCUCUUUCUCUGCAUCUUUCUUUGUCUUUCUCUCUGCAUCUCUUUCCCUCUCUGAAUCUCUCUCUCUCUCUCUCUCUCUCUCUCUCUCUCUCUCUCUCUCUCUCUCUCUUCAUCUCUCUGCAUUUCUAUCUGCAUCUCUCUCUGCAUCUCUCUCUCUCUCUCUUCUGUAGUAAAUAGUAAAAGAACAGAAGUCCAAUAGUUACCUGAGAUAACCUGACUUCACACCUGGGACAAUACACACUGCAGCCCUGUUCUCUUUAACUACCUGACAAUUACCUGUCAGUCAGCUGAUUACAAACAGGUGUUCAAUAUACACAGCACUACAGACAGGUAUUCAAUACACAGCACAGAUCACCAGGUAGAACUGACCAGUGAGGAUUAUUUAUGAUUGAUUAAUCAUGUGUAGAAUAAUCAGUGCAAAGGCAAUGAAGCAUGAAAUGACUAUAGAUAUCCCUUGAUUGGAUUAGUAAAUAGCCAAUUAACUCUGUCUGACCCUGGGUCAGUCUGGGAAUGUUUCAGAACCUAAAAGAAUGAGAUUAUAUGGAUGUAGGAAUGUGAUGUGAAUUUGCUAAAGUAGAGUGAAAGAAAAAAUGCUGUUUGUGUACACAAUGUAUGAAAUUAUAUUUCCAGGAAACCCUCACCCUGACUGGAGUUCAUGUUACAGGAGUGCUUUGUGUAGCAGUGGCUGUUUAAUGAAAGAAAAAGUUUUGAGUCAUAGAAGAAAGACAAUGUAAUAGGUGUGUUUGGUGAUUCCCGUAACAUAGACAAGACUUAACUGUGUACAGGAAGCUGAGAGCAAACUGACACACAGACAGACUGACACACAUAUAGAGGUGAAUAGGCCACGCCUUCAACAUGGCCAUGCUGUCGCUGAAGAUCAGCGUGGUCGGCAACAAUGUCGUCAAGACGAUGCAGUUCGAACCGUCCACGCAGGUGUACGACGCAUGUAAAAUUAUCCGGGACCGCAUCAUAGAGACCAAUCCCGGAAAUCCACAGGACUAUGGACUUUUCCUGGCAGAUGAAGAUCCCAAAAAAGGGGUGUGGUUAGAACCGGGGAGGACCCUGGACUACUAUCUCCUCAGGAAUGGGGAUUUAUUGGAAUACAAGAAGAAAAUGCGAAUUUUACGAAUUAAAACCUUGGACGGCAUGCAGAAGAAAUUACAGGUGGAUGACAGCCAUACUGUGGGGCAGUUAAUGGUGACAAUAUGUACCAAGAUGGGCAUUGCUAAUCACGAAGAAUACUCCCUGGUCCGGGAAAUGUCGGACGACGAGAAGGAAAAAACACUAACCCUCCGCCGGGACAAGUCCAUCGCUAAGGACCAGAAAAAACUAGAGGAGAUGAGGAAGAAACUGCACACCGAUGAUGAAUUGGAGUGGUUGGACCAUUCACGGACACUCAGGGAGCAGGGCGUGGUCGAUUUGGACACCCUCCUACUUCGACGAAAAUUCUUCUUCUCUGAUCAGAACGUUGACCAGAGGGACCCUGUACAACUAAAUCUUCUCUAUGUACAGUCCCGAGACGCCAUUUUGGACGGAACUCAUCCGGUGACGCUGGAGGAAGCCAUCAGCCUGGCAGGGAUACAAAGUCACAUUCAGUUUGGGGAUUACAAUGAAAACAAACACAAAGCUGGAUUCUUAGAAUUGAAGGAAUUUUUACCAAAGGAAUAUGUCAAAACACCAAAAAUUGAGAAGAGAAUUUUUGUAGAACACAAGAAGUGGCAAGGUGUCCACGAAUUUGAAGCCAAGGCUAAAUACACACAGAAGUGUCGCGGACUGAAGACGUACGGAAUCACAUUCUUCUUAGUGAAGGAAAAAAUGCCGGGUAAGAAUAAACUGGUUCCCCGUUUGCUGGGUAUCACAAAGGAAAGUGUCGUCAGGAUGGACGAGAAAACCAAAGAGAUUUUGAAGACUUGGCCUCUGACGACGGUCAAACGAUGGGCUGCCUCCCCCAACAGUUUCACCUUGGAUUUUGGUGACUAUUCGGACUCAUACUACUCUGUGCAGACACAAGAAGGGGAACAAAUCUCGCGCCUCAUUGCUGGUUACAUCGAUAUCAUUCUAAAACGGAAGAAAGAUAAGGACCACCUCGGAAUUGAGGGUUCUGAUGAAGCCCCUAUGUAUGAGGACAGCGUCUCUCCGGCUAAGGCGACCAUUAUUUCCCGAAUGCAGGGGAACGUCAGCCACCCAGACGUAGCUUCUGUCGCCAUGCCAGGCGUGAUGAGGGGUGGAGUUUCCGGGGAGACCCAGAUCUCGCUUGGAUCCAUGUCAUCCGCCCAGCAUGGACAGGUCUCAAAUGAAAUGCAUCUAGUGCAUGGCAACAGACAGAGUCAGAACAUUCAGGAGUAUGGCCUGUCCCAGUCACAGAGGGCGCUGUUGACCUGUAUCGAGGAGGGCAUUACGUCUAUACGACAGGCCGAGUCACAGAUGGACAAAGGGGCCGCGCUACCAAACCUCGGAAAUGAUGCGGCCUCUAAGAAAUGGAGACAGAAUAUGCUUGACCUUUCGCGUCAGAAGGUCGGGGCCCAGCUGUCAGCAAUGAACGCUGCCACGGCCCAGCUCGUUACCAUGUCGAUUGAUGACGAGAUUGACACCAGUCGGGUGGGAGCUGCAGUAGCCCAGAUCACCUCCAAUAUUGACGACUUCUCGCAGGACGUGAGGAUGUUGGGCGCCCUUCAAGAUGAUGACGAGAGUCGGAACAAACUCCUCGGGGCCGCCAAACAUUUGUGUGGGGCCUUCUCCGAUCUCCUCAGCGCCGCAGAACCCGGGCAGAAAGAGAGCAAGUCUAACUUGAUCUCUGCAGCCAAGACUGUUGGUGAGGCUUCACAGGAAGUUAUGGUGGGGAUCGGAGAGACUGCCGACGACAUGGAUAAAAUGUACCAGGAUACCCUGUUGUCACUGGCGAAGGCUGUGGCUAACGCGACAGCCCAGCUCGUCCUGAAGGCAAAGAACGUAGCCAGCACGACCGAGGACCAGGGGCUACAGAACAAGGUCAUCAGCUCGGCCACCAGCUGUGCUCUGGCCACCUCUCAACUCGUAGCCUGUACCAAGGUGGUAGCCCCCACCAUCAGCAGCCCGGCCUGUCAGGAACAGCUGAUAGAAGCCGCUAAAGGUGUGGCACACUCCGUGGAGGGUAUUGUGGAGGCCGCACAGCAGUCCUGUCGGGAUGACAAACUUCUGGCGGACCUAGGUGGCGCCGCUACUGCUGUUACCCAGGCUCUGAAUGAUCUACUGCAGCAUAUCAAGAAAGGGGCAGGGCCAACAUCGGCUGGAGAAUCUCACGAGGAUGCAGUAGACACUAUACUGACGGUCACAGACAGACUGUUCAGCAGUGUGGGGGAUGCACAUGAAAUGGUCAAACAGGCUAGACAGCUGGCACAGGCCACGUCUUCUCUAGUUGGAGCCAUCAGAGGGGAAGCAGAAGGUCACUCUGACUCGGACAUGCAGAAACGGCUCCUCGCCGCCGCGCGUCAACUGGCCGAUGCGACAGCCAACAUGGUGGAAGCUGCCAAGGGCUGUGCUUCCAGUCCCAAUGAUUCUGAACAGCAGCGGAGACUCCGCGGAGCCGCUGAGGAUCUCCGGGCCGCUACGAACAUCGCCGCUAGUAACGCACUCAAGAAGAAACUCAUCCGGAGGCUAGAGAAUGCUGCGCGACACACAGCCUCAGCCACCACUCAGCUGAUCAACGCGUCCAAGAACGCCAAUAAAUCUAACACCAACACAUCGUCCGAGCAUCAGCUGACUCAUCAGUGUCAGGUUAUGAAUGAACAGCUACCUUUGUUGAUUCAAGGAUUUCGAAGAUCAGAGACCAAUCCGGACAGUGCAACAGCACAGUUACAUCUAAUUAAUGCAAGCAAGGAAUUUAUACAGCCUGCCAGUCAGCUUGUGUCUGCCGCAAACGCCGCCGCGCCAACCGUCGGGAACCAGUCAGCUAGCAUCAACCUGAACCAGGCCGUAAAGACCAUGACCACCGCGUUGGCCGAGUUGAGGUCAGCCUCGGGGAAAGCCGAGGAGAUGUGUAUAUCUCUGGAGGUGGAUGCUGCACUCGAUCAGCUGACGGGGCUCGACAAGGACUUGGAGGAAUACCGCCGCGCUGUGGACAGUGGCAAUCUCGUACCUCUCCCAGGAGACACAGCGGAGUCCUCAGCUAUGAAGCUUGGAUCCACCUCUAAAAAUGUUGGAUCAGCAAUGGCUCAGCUUCUGACAGCUGCAUCACAGGGCAAUGAGAAUUAUGUCGGUGUGGCUGCCAGAGACACCGCCAAUGCCCUUCGUGUACUGACCGAAGCCACACGUGGUGUUGCCGCAACCUCUGAGGACAUUGAGGUCAAACGGCAGGUGAUCGACAGUGCGCGUGAUGUCAUCGAUAAGUCCACACAACUUCUGGAGGAAACCAAGAAUGCCAUGAACGACCCCGAGAAUCCGGAGAACCAGACGCGUCUGAACCAGGUGGCUAAGGCGGUGUCGUCCUCGCUCAACAACUGUGUGAACACACUGCCCGGACAGCGGGAUGUAGACAACGCCAUCAGACAGAUCACCAGCUCCAGUCAGGGACUGGCCACCACUCAGUACCCCAGCACUGACAGAACCUUCCAGGAGGUUCAGAUCGAGAUAAACAACGCGGCUGUGAACCUGAACCAGUCAGCCAGCAACAUUGUCACGGCGUCUCGAGGCACACCCAUUCAGCUUGCUGAGUCAUCUCGAGAAUACAGUACAUCAUACUCAGAAUUCAUCAAGUCUGGACUCACCGUGGCAGGUUUGUCUAAGGACGUGGACACCCAGAACCAGAUUGUGGGCGGCCUGAAGAACAUCUCCAUGGUGUCCAGUAAGCUGUUACUGGCUGCCAAGUCUGUGUCAGCUGAUCCAAACGCUCCCAACACCAAGAAUCUUCUGUCACAGGCAGCCAGGGCAGUGACAGAAAGCAUCAACCAGCUGAUUAAUGUCUGCACAGUGUCAGCCCCAGGUCAGAAGGAAUGUGAUAACGCCCUCCGACAAAUUCAGAUGAUGAAGUCCAUGCUUGAGAGUGCUAAUGAACCGGUGACGGACCUAUCCUACUUUGAGUGCCUGGACUCUGUCAUGGAGAAAUCCAAGGGCCAAGUCUGGAUGUUGGGCGAUUCGAUGACGGGUAUUACAAACCACGCUAAAAAAGGAGACCUGGAGAACUUCUGUGACUCCGUGGGGAAUUUCUCAACAUCUGUUUGUGGUCUGACAGAAGCUGCUUCACAGGCAGCCUACCUGGUGGGGAUCUCGGACAGGGCUUCAGAGCCCGGCAGGCCUGGAUUGGUGGACCAGUCUCAGUUUGCCCGGGCUAACCAGGCCAUACAGAUGGCUUGUCAGAACCUGAUUAACCCGGCCAGCUCCCAGCAACAGGUGUUGUCGGCGGCUACUGUGGUUGCUAAGCACACAUCGGCCUUGUGUAAUGCCUGUCGUCUGGCCUCCAGCAAAACCUCCAAUCCUGUUGCCAAGCGACACUUCGUACAGAGUGCCAAGGACGUAGCCAACAGCACAGCGAACCUGGUCAAAGCUAUCAAGGCGCUGGAUCAGGACUUCACGGAGGAAAAUCGCCUGCGGUGUGCAGAGGCAGCCAAACCACUGACGGAUGCCGUGGAUGAACUCACCACUUUCGCCUCAUCUCCAGAAUUCGCCAGCAUGCCGGCCAAGAUCAGUCCUGAGGCCAGAAAAGCCCAGGAGCCCAUAGUCUCUGCUGGCAAGGCCAUGAUAGAUGGGGCCUGUAGUAUGGUGGCAGCAGCAAAACAACUGGCUGUCAACCCCAAGGACCCUCCCACAUACCAGCUGUACUCCAACCACUCCAAGAGUGUCUCUGAGGCUAUCAAACGACUUGUGUCCUCCAUUAAGGACUGUGCUCCGGGACAGAGAGAGUGCGAUGAGUCGAUUGAGAAGCUGAACAAGUCAAUCCGAGAUUUGGACCAGGCCUCGCUGGCAGCCAUUAGCCAGAGUCUUCAACAGCGCACUGAGAAAUCACUCAAGGGCUUCCAGGAGCAGAUGAUUGGCAGUGCAAGAGAAAUCCAUGACCUCUGUUCAAGGGUCAAGGACUCGGCUAAAGCAGAACCAGAGAAUCUGGGUCACAGGGUGAUGAUGAUGGCUAGUUAUUUCGGACCACUUUCUGAUGGUGCAGUGGGAGCUGCUUCUCUGAUUCAGAACUCUAAACAACAAACACACAUCCUAGAUCUAACCAAAACAGUGGCAGAAUCUGCCCUACAGUUUAUGUACUCCUGUAAGGAAGGGGGAGGUAACCCCAAGGCCCCUAAGCAUACCCAUGACAACAUUGACACUGCAGCAGAGAACACGAUGGACGUCGUGCAGGAUCUGUUACAGUCUCUAGAGGAGGCGGCCUCGCAAGCUGGAAUGGUCAACAGCAUGAUCGAGAAACUGACCAAGUCCAUCACUAAGACAGACGAGCAGGUGAUGUUGAGGGAGGGCAUGUCGUUUGUGGAGUACCAGUCUAACAUGGUCAGUCUCGCCAAGAAGAUUGCCAUGACAACCCAGGAAAUGGUCGGCAAGUCUGGUGUGAACCCCACUGACCUUGGCAGACUGGCCAAUCAGCUGACCCGAGACUACGAUGUGUUGGCCAGCAACUCUGCUAACGCUGCAGCCACUUCUAGUAAUCAGGAUAUUGCAAACCGAAUCCGUACCACUGUUCAAGAUCUCGGUAAAUGCUGUGUGGAGCUGGUACAGGAUGCUGGGAAAGUUCAGGGCGACCCUCAUGAUACUUUCGCUCGCAGAGACCUUCAGGACCACGCGCGGAGUGUCAGUGAAAAGGUCUCCUUUGUCUUGGCAGCUCUCCAGUCCGGCUCACGCGGCACCCAGGCCUGUAUCAACGCUGCCAGUGCCGUCAGCGGAAUCAUUGCAGAUCUGGACACCACCAUCAUGUUUGCCACGGCAGGAACACUCAGCACGGAAGGCGACGAUAGCUUUGCCAGCCACAGAGAGGACAUUCUGAAGACUGCCAAAGCUCUGGUGGAGGAAACUAAGAGAUUGGUACAGGGAGCCGCCUCCGAUCAAGAGACCCUGGCCGGCGCCGCCCAGCAAGCUGUCAAAACAAUCACCAAACUCGCAGAUGUGGUCAAACUCGGGGCCGCCUCACUGGGAUCUGACCAGCCAGAGGCACAGGUGAUGAUAAUUAACGCAGUUAAAGACGUUGCCUCUGCCCUCUCAGAUCUGAUCAGUGCCACCAAGAACGCAUCUGGAAAAAAUGUCUCGGAUCCUGCAAUGUUGACCUUGAAAGAGUCUGCCAAGGUGAUGGUGACAAAUGUGACGUCACUUCUGAAGACGGUUAAGACGGUGGAGGACGAGGCUGCCCGGGGUACGCGAGCUCUUGAGUCGACUAUUGAGGCCAUCGGACAGGAAGUAAAGUCGUACGAGGCUGGCACCUUGCCCGAGAAGAAAGCGACUGCAGAAGAUCUGAUUCGUCUGACCAAACCCAUCACCACGGCAACCGCCAAAGCAGUGGCUGCUGGGAACUCCUGUCGACAGGAAGACGUCAUUAUCUGCGCCAACAUGGGACGCAAAGCUAUCUUUGAUCUCCUGGCUACAUGCAGGGGAACAGCAAGCACGGCAGAGACCACAGAAGUCCGUCAGAAGACGAUACAGGCGGGUAAAAACUGUGCUGUGGUGUACAAAGACCUUCUGGAGCAAGUCAGCACGGUGGUUCAAAAGCCUACUCAGGAGGCAAAACAGACACUGGCUGCAUUGUCCAGACAAGUGGCUACAUCCGUGCAGGACAUUGUCCACUGUGCCGAACUCAUUAAAGUGAGCCAAGUUGCGGGAGAAGAAGGCACAGACUGGGUUGACCCAGAGGACCCCACAGUGAUAGCAGAGAGUGAACUUCUGACAGCUGCCAAGUCAAUAGAGGCUGCUGCACAGAAACUCUCACAACUCAAACCACGCAAAAAGGCAAAGGAAGCUGAUAUGAGCCUGAACUUUGAGGAACAAAUUUUGGAAGCUGCCAAGUCCAUUGCCUCAGCCACUGCUGCUUUAGUGAAAUCAGCGUCUGCUGCGCAACGAGAACUGGUGGCUCAAGGAAAGGUUCGCACGCGCAAAGAGAUUGGUGCCACGUACCACAAAUCCCAGAUUCUGGACGACGAUGGACAGUGGUCAGAAGGACUCAUAUCAGCGGCCAAAAUGGUGGCGGCAGCGACACACAGCUUAUGCGAGUCAGCCAAUGCCAUGGUUCAGGGUCACGCCACGGAGGAGCGACUGAUUGCCUCAGCGAAAGAGGUUGCGGGGUCAACAGCCCAUCUGUUAGUGGCCUGUAGGGUCAAGGCUGACCCGGACUCGGUUGCCAUGAAGCGACUUCAGGCUGCUGGGAACGCUGUCAAGCGAGCGACAGAGGUCCUGGUGAAGGCCGCCCAGCAGGCCAAACAGCGAGAUGAAGAUGACGUAGAUGUGGCGGUGGAUUCCCGUAAAGUGGGCGGCAUUAAACAGGAAUUACAAAUCCAAGAGGAGAUGUUACGGAAAGAGAGAGAGUGGAUCGAAGCCCGAGAGAAGCUGGCUAAGUUCCGGAAGCAGCGGUAUAAAGACAACCCCCAGGACAGCGACUCUUCCUCAGCAUUCUAACUCUUCAGCUUUCAAGUGUAUACGCAUAGUGCCUGUCAAGUGUAUUGUGAUUUCAUAAUGGCUUCCAUGUCUAAUGUCCGGGUCAAAACAAGACCAUGAAGACAAACGUUCCAGUGACUGGGCUCUGGGGUGUGUUUUGGAUCAGGAAAGCGUUUUAGCAGAUUGGUUUUUUGUUAAGAGAGAUGAGAGGUGUGCUUGACUGAAUGUCAUGGUUGAGUGGAAAUAGUAAACAGGGAUCAGAUACAAAGAUGACAUCUCCUAGUAUUUAUAGACAUGUUAUUUAUAGACAUGAUGUAACAUGUGGGAGGAGUGAUACCAGCAUUGUAGAACAUUCUAUUUUAAGAAAUUGUUAAACAAGAAGAAUUAAGAAAACACCUUCUACUCAGAAUAGAUAGAAUACAUGAGGCCUGUCUUAAUGGUACAUCUUUAUCAAAUGGAAUUGUCAUAGCAUAGUGUGUAUUUUGUAACACAAAAUUUGUGAUAUAUGUGUGUUUAAAAUAAUAGAGUUAUUAUGCAAUAUUAAUAUAUGAAUUUUUAAUACCACUUUCACUUGAAAACCAUAUUUUUGUGGAUUCGCUAUACAACUCUGUAAUGAAAUAAAUAAUGUGCUGACACUGCAUGUGAUGUAUGAGACGUAUGUACAAAUAAUAACAUUAUGUAUCAAUACCUAUAUACUAACAUCAUGGAGUAAUCCUCCCUCAUUUUUUGGAAUGAGUGUGAAUCAUAAUUUUUUUGUUUGCUGUUGCUAUAGAAACACUAGGCCUGGGUGUUUAUUUUGUUAGCUGUUGCUAUAGAAACACUAGGCCUGGAUGUUUAUUUUGCUAGUUUUACAUUGUGUUAAUGGUAGACAUUUAUGGAUGACAUUUUUAUUUUAUGGCUUUAUGACGAGUAAUACCAAGUAUUUCACAAGCUAGUCUUCUCCUGUAUAUGAACCAGUACCGGGCAGACAUACAUUUAUAUUGCCUACUCAUAUGUCUGCUAGACUAUUAUGUUAACCUCUCCUUCUACACUACCUAUCGUACAAUUUUAUACAUGAACUGUAUAUCCCAUGAUGCAUCAUCAGGCGAGUUUAUUCUGAGACGUGAUGUAACUACCGCAUGUUCAAUACAUGAUACCUGUAGAGGAAUUCUCUCAUUAGUUACAUACAGGUUAAAGAUACAGUUGGACUUCAAUAUCUCGAACACCAAUAUCUCGAAUAUGGACACGUUAAAGUGAUUUAUAAGUCCCAAACACUUAUGUUUUAAGUAUUUAUCUCUCAAUAUCUUGAAUCCUUGGAUAUCUUGAUGUUUUUAUUUUGUGUUCCAUCGACUUUGAGAUGACGAGGUUUAACUGUACUUGUAUCAUACAACCAAAAGGGGACCCAGGCUUUGAACGUUUCCAAUUUUUGUAUAGCAGUGAGGACUUGACUUCACAAUAUAUCAUGAAAGGCGACUGGGGGAGGGGGGGGGGGUCAAAAGAUGAAUAGCUUGGGUGUCUGAUAUAUUGACUGGUAUAUCGUUGUACGUGAUAUAUUGACUGGUAUCUCGUUAUAUGUGAUAUAUUGACCGGUAUAUCGUUAUACGUGAUAUAUUGACUGGUAUCUCAUUGAUAUAGACUCCUUAUGUUGUAGCCACUGAACCGUAAAGAACCUAGCUUGAACUUUCUGUGUGUAUGUCUGUAAAAUUCUGCUUCAUACUUGUAAACUAGAUGUGACAAAAGCACAUGAACUGCAUAUCAAAGAUUUUAAUCUGGACGCUUAACUUUGUAUUGAAGUGUUACAAAAGAUGACAAUAAAUUUAUGUAUUAUUAA